AAAAUCACCUGGGCAGGGGGCGGAGCCUCAGGAGGAGUCAGGUAUCAGAGCAGGAGAAAUGGGGUCAAAGUUCAUGUAGCAGCAGAGCAGAAUCUGGAUCAGGCUGACCACACCUGUGCUGUGAGAGGGGGUGGAGCCUCAGGUGGGUCCGGUUCAAGUUCUGCAGAAUCAGGUCCGGUUCUCCAGUCGCUCCGACUCGGUUUGUGUGAACAGAAGGAGAAGCAAAGAUCUGAUCAGAUAAAAGAUGGCGCAGCAGCAGGAAGUCCAGCAGGAUUUUGAGAAAAAACUUUCCAAGGUUCGCCCUGAGUUUGUGAAGAGAGUUUCUGAGGAAAUCCUGAAACGGCUCCUUGAUGAGCUUCUAUCAGAUGGCGUCUUUAAUCAUUCAGAGAUUGAUGGUAUACUGCAGAAGAACCCAAUCAGAGCAGACAAGGCCCGCGACACCAUAGAUGCUGUGAUGAAUAAAGGACAGAGAGCCUGCAGAUUGAUGAUCAAACGUCUUCAUCACAGAGAUCCGACUCUGUCCAACCAGCUGCGUUUGUCCUCUGACUCCUCUGGUCCAGAUUUUGAUAUUCGGUGUCAGAGUGACCUUAAAGGCUCUCUGAAGAUGAAGUUCCAGAGUCUCUCUGAAGGCGUCGCUGAACAUGGAAAUAAAACCGAUCUGAACCAGGUCUACACAGAGCUCCACAUCACAGAGGGGUUAACUAGAGAGGUCAACCAGGAACAUGAGGUCAGACACAUUGAAACAGCAUCCAGGAAACAAGAAACAACAAUCAGAAGAGAAGACAUCUUUAAAGUCCCACCUGGAAGUGAUCAACCAAUCAGAACAGUGAUGACCAUGGGAGUGGCUGGCAUUGGGAAAACACUGUUAACACAGAAGUUCACUCUGGACUGGGCUGAAGGCAAAACCAACCAGAACAUUGAUUUCAUAUUUCCAUUCACUUUCAAAGAGCUGAAUUUGUUGAAAGAAAAAAAGGUCAGCUUGGUGGAACUGAUUCAUAGCUUCUUCACUAAAACCAAAGAAAUCUUUAGCUUUGAAACGUUCCAGGUUCUGUUCAUCUUUGAUGGUCUGGAUGAAAGUCGACUUGGUCUGGACUUCAACAACAAUCCGAUCCUGACUGAUGUUACAGAGUCCAGCUCAGUGGAUGUUCUGGUGACAAACCUCAUCAGGGGGAAACUGCUUCCCUCUGCUCUCCUCUGGAUAACCACACGACCUGCAGCAGCCAAUCAGAUCCCUGCUGAGUGUGUUGACAUGGUAACAGAGGUCAGAGGGUUCACUGACCCCCAGAAGGAGGAGUACUUCAGGAAGAGAUUCAGAGAUGAUGAAGAGAAGGCCAGCAGGAUCAUCUCCCACAUCCAGAAAUCAAAAAGUCUCCACAUCAUGUGUCACAUCCCAGUUUUCUGCUGGAUCACUGCUAAUGUUCUGGAGAAUGUGAUGAAGACCAGAGAGGAAGAAAAACUGCCCAAGACCCUGACUGAAAUGUACAUAGAGUUCCUGGAGGUUCACUUUGCAAUCAAGAAGGAAAAGUAUGAUGGAGGAAAAAAGACAAGAUCAAUCUGGAGUCCAGAGAACAGGAAGCUGAUUGAGUCUCUAGGAAAACUGGCUUUUGAGCAGCUGCUGGAGGGAAACCUGAUCUUCUAUGACAAAGAGCUCAAAAAGUGCGGCAUCAACAUCAAAGGUGCUGCGUUGUUCUCAGGAGUGUUCACUGAAAUGUUUAAAAAGGAGAGAGGGACACGCAACAUCUCCAUCUAUUCCUUUGUUCAUCUGAGCAUCCAGGAGUUUCUGGCUGCAGUCUACAUGCUCCACUGUUUCACCAGCAGGAAGUCAGAGGUGAUCAAGACGUUUCUGGGAGAAAAAUACAGAGAAACAUCUCUAGAUAAGUUCAUGAAGGAAGUCAUGAAGAAAUCCCUCAGCAGUAAAAAUGGCCACCUGGACCUGUUUGUCCGCUUCCUUCAUGGUCUCACUGUGGAGUCCAACCAGAGCAUCUUAGGAGGCCUGCUGGGUCAGACAGAGAACAGUCCAGAAACCAUCCAGAGAAUCAUCACCAACCUGAAGGAGAUGAACACUAAUAGAAUCUCUACUGACAGAAGAAUCAACAUCUUCUACUGUCUGGUGGAGAUGAACGACGUCUCAUUUUAUCAGGAGAUCCAACAGCUGCUGGAUUCAGGGAAGAAGCUCUCAGUGACUGACUGUUCAGCUCUGGCCUUCAUGCUGCAGAUGUCAGAGGUUCUGGAUGAGUUGGACCUGGAGAAGUACAACACAUCAGAAUCAGGACGACGGAGACUGGUUCCAGCUGUGAGGAACUGCAGAAAGGCUCGACUUGGUGGCUGUUCGCUCUAUCAGGCUGGAUGUGAAGUUUUGGCCUCGGCUCUGAAGUCCAACCCAGAUCUGACUGAACUGGAAAUAAGUGACAUCACACUGGGAACACUGGGAAGUGGAGUCUGA